UAUAUACAAUCAGAUUCAUUAUGUACUAAAAUCAACAUAUUAAAUAAACUUAAUUUAUACAUAAAAUAUUGUAGAACGAUUAAAGCCUUCUACAACAUAUAUACAUAUAUAGAGUACAUUGUAUACAUGAAAGUUACGCGAAAACGUAACAUGUGUCAGUGUUGAGUUCUCUGAAUAAGAAUCGUAAGGGAAAAAAUCGACGUAAGAGUUGAAUCUUCACUACAGAAUCGAAUAGAUUACUGAACCCUACUCUGCUGUCAGUUUUCAGUCACUCUUCAGUAUCUUAAAGUGAUUUGUAGGAGCGUGCGCUUCUUAAAAAUAUAUAUACAUAUAAAUUUAAAAUGUCUGUAUUCUGGAGGUAUCAUGGUAUCUCACAGAAAAGGUGUCGACUAAUUACGCAAAAAAAAAGUGGUAUUUGCAAUGCACGUAACAACGAAAAAUCUUUUCGGUGUCUCUCUACUAUUGUUGAGCAGCCCAAGUCCAGGAAUACUCUAAAGUUUGGGAUACUUGGUGUCGGCAUUGGUAUUACCUUAGGAACAGGUUAUGCUAUUUCAAAGAUAAACGAAACUAGAAAAAAUCUUUUUCUCGAGGGUACUGAAGUUGAUGUCAAAUUGCUCAAUUUCAAACCUAAUGUUGAAUCAUCAAGAAAAGUAGUCUCUCCAAUGGAUACAACAGGAUUAAAAUUGACAUUAUUUCAAUAUCAGACAUGUCCUUUUUGUUGCAAAGUCAGAACACUCUUAGAUUUUUAUGGAAUUUCAUAUGAUAUUGUUGAAGUAGAUCCAGUCCUUAGAAAAGAAAUUAGUUGGUCCAGAUAUAGGAAAGUACCAAUUUUGCUGGCAGAAGUCGAUAACAAAUACCAACCACUCUACGAUAGUUCUAUGAUAAUGUCUAUUAUUGCAUCUUAUUUACAUGACAAAUCAAUCAGCUUAACAGAGCUUUCUAAAUAUUAUCCUAUCUUAUCAAUACAUGAUGAGAGUGGUAAAUUUAAACAUGAAGUUGUAAAUAAAUACUUUCUGAUGUAUCAAAAUAAUAUUCCUGAAGAUAGAAAAUUGCAUGACAUAGUUGAAGAAAGAAAAUGGAGAAAAUGGGCAGAUGAUGUGUUUGUGCAUAUGUUAUCCCCUAAUGUUUACAGAACUCUUGGAGAAGCUUAUCAAACAUUUAAUUGGUUUUCUGAGGUUGGACAUUGGAAUGAAUAUUUUCCUGCAUGGGAGAGAGCUAUAAUGAUUAAUGUUGGUGCAAUUGCAAUGUGGUUGAUUUCAAAACAACUAAAAAAAAGGCAUCAUUUAAAGGAUAAUGUGAGGCAAUCUUUUUAUGAUGAAAUCAAUGUUUGGAUGAGAGAAGUUAAAUCUAGUGGAGGUCCAUUUAAAGGAGGAUCCAACCCAGAUUUAUCUGAUUUAGCUGUAUACGGAGUAUUAAAAUCAAUUGAAGGUUGUGAAGCUUUUAAAGAUGCUUUGGAACAUACCAAUUUUGGUCAAUGGUUCUAUGCAGUCAAAGAAAAAGUUGAUUCACAUGCUGGCAGUGUUUAUUUAAGUAAUUAAUUUGUGUAUAUUGAUAAUAUGUUAAUAAAAAUAGUCAAUUUUUGAAAGUA